AUGGACACCAACGAACUGGAGCGAGAGCGCGGCAUCACGAUUCUGGCCAAGAACGCCUCGGUUUCAUACGAGGGCAUCAGGAUCAACAUCAUCGACACGCCGGGCCACGCAGACUUCGGCGGCGAGGUGGAGCGUGUCAUGAACAUGGCCGACGGCUGUCUGUUGCUCGUAGACGCCGUGGACGGACCCAUGCCCCAGACCACUUACGUGCUGCGCCAAGCCCUCAAGCAAAACGUCACCCCCAUGGUGGUCAUCAACAAGAUAGACCGACCCGAGGCCCGGGCAGCUGAGGUGGUAGACAUGGUCCAGGACCUGUUUUUGGAGGUGGCAACCAACGCGGAUCAGCUAGAUUUCCCCGUGCUCUAUGCAUCUGCACGGGACGGUUACGCCACAACGAGCCUGAACGAGCCUGGGUUGAACAUGCAACCUCUCUUUGAAGCCAUCCUCAAUUCGGUGCCCCCUCCGACCGGGGACAGCUGCGCCCCACUGCAAAUGCUUGUUGCGGCGCUCGAUUACGACAGCUAUCUCGGACAAGUUGCUGUCGGACGGAUUACCAACGGCACACUCAGACUGCGCGACCAUGUGGCCCUGUUGGGACGCAACGCCGAGCCCACCUCCCACGUUGUGGAGCGCAUAUUUGUGUUUCGCGGAAUGGAGCGGGUUGAAGUCUCCGAAUCCCAUGCCGGCGACAUCGUUGCCAUCACCGGCCCUGAAGGCGUGUCCAUAGGCGACACCAUCGCCUCUCUCGAAAACCCGCAGGCCCUACCUUCCAUAGACAUCAACGAACCGACAGUGCGCAUGACCUUUGGCGUCAGCACCUCACCUUUCAUGGGCAUAGAGGGAGAACACUGUACCUCCCGCCAACUCUACGCUCGGCUGAUGAGAGAGCUGCGGACCAACGUAAGCCUGCGGGUGGAAACCACCUCCAGCCCCGACGUGUUCGUGGUCUCCGGACGGGGAGAGUUGCACCUGUCCAUCCUGGUCGAGACCAUGCGCCGGAAGGGCGACACGUUCAUCGACCCCGGCACCAAGGUCUACGCCGGCAUGAUCGUAGGCUCCAAUUCCCGCGGUGACGACAUAGAGAUCAACGUCUGCAAGGAGAAGAAGCUGACCAACAUGCGUUCUUCAACGGCCGACAUAACGAAACGCCUAAAGUCCACCGUGAAGAUGAGUCUUGAGGAAGCGCUGGCGUUCACUGCAGAUGACGAGUUCGUGGAGGUCACUCCCAAGAACUUGCGGCUACGCAAGAUGGAGCUCUCCUCCGUGGACCGCAAGCGCAAGCGCCGCGACGGAGCCCGGGCUCGAGACUAG